AAUUAAAUGGCUGGCGGAACAAGCUCUUUGGACGGGAAUCUUCUUGUUGUUGCCUUAGACUUUGGGACAGCAUACAGUGGUUAUGCCUUUUCGUUUCGGAAUGAUUACCGACUUGAUCCCUUAAAGAUUGAAGUAAACCACUGGACCGGAAAUGGAUCCCAAACGAUGUCACCAAAGGCUCCUUCAUCUGUUCUCUUAAAUCCUGACAAAACCUUCAAAUCGUUUGGAUAUACGGCAGAGGAAGAAUAUUCAAAUCUUGUCGAGAAUGGGAAGCACCGAGAAUGGUAUUUCUUUACGAAGAUUAACAUGAAACUGCUCUGUCAUGAGAAAAUUUCUCGAACAGAUACAAUUGACGAUGAAUGCGGUAAACCAAUGCUAGGGCUUACCAUUCUCAGUAUGAUCAUCCGAUAUCUUAAGGAUAAUUUAUUCAAAAGAUUGGAGCAGAGAGGAAUGCCUUCAAGAGAUCAAGACAUCCUUUGGGUUCUUACAGUUCCUGCCAUUUGGUCAGAUGCCGCUAAACAGUUUACCAAAGAAGCUGCAGAAGAGGCGGGAAUAAAACCUAAUGAUGUCAUGCUGGUGUAUAAACCAGAGGCUGCAGCACUGUAUUGCCGAUUUCAAAAUAUGAAAAAUAUUGCCAAUGCGAAAGAUAAAAGCAAUCUUUCGAAGAAAAAGAAGAUGUUAGUGUUUGAUAUGGGAGAGAGCACGACGGAUAUAAGUGUCAUUGCGAUCAAAGGUGAGAAAGAAAUUCACAUCGUAGAAAGAGCUUGUGGAGGCGCAAUUGGCGGAGUCUCCAUCAACGAAAAAUUUAUACAGUGGCUGGAGGACGUGUUUGGAAAAGAAAUUUUAAAGAAAUUUAAAACAGAACAUCGAUCUGACUAUUUGUUGCUGAUUGAAAAUUUUGAAAACAAAAAACGUUUAAUCGACCCUAGCACUGACAAACAGAUAUGCUUUCAGAUUCCUUUAUCUCUAAAAUCAAUGGCAGAAAAAUUUUGGGAGUAUUCUAUCCAAGACCGGUUUAAAAAAAUGGAAAUAAAUGCCGUGCAGGUUAAAGGUCGCGGGAAAUUAUUCUUCCCAUCUUCAUUUUUGUUAGAAAGUUUUUUUAUCCCAAUUGCUAAACACGUUUUUGAGGAACUGCAACAUAUUCUCUCAAAACAUGGAGAUAUCGACUGUGUGUUGGCUGUAGGAGGUUUAGCUCAGUAUCCUGUUGUUGUCUCUGAGAUCCGGAAAUACGUCAAAGACAUACCUGUGUAUGUUCCGUUCGAUUCGUCGUUAGCAGUGGUCUGCGGUGCAGUGUUGUAUGGACACGAGAAUAAUAUCAUUAAGGCAAGAGUUUGUCCUUAUUCUUAUGGUAUUCAAACGAUGAGACCGUUUAUAGAUGGUAAAGAUGAUGAAACGAAAAAGGUUAUUCAAGAAGGAAAAACGUGGUGUAAACACAGUUUUAGAGUUCUUUACAAAGCUGGAGAUCUUGUGAAACUAGGUGACGUGUCUUCAUACAAUUUAAAAGAGUCGUUUGAAGAUGAAAACAGAAAGCAUAAGCGAUUUAAACCAAUACGAUGCGUUCUGUUUACAUCAAAGGAGAAAAAUAUAAGAUAUGUCACCGACGAAGGAUGCAAGGAACACGGAACAAUCGACAUUGAGGUCCCAGAAGAAGGAUUUCCGGUCAAUUAUAAAUGUACUGUUGAACUUGAGUUUGCUGGAACCGAAAUUGUUGCUCGUUUAAAAGACGAAAAAGGGACCAAAACCAUCAGGCUAGAAUUUAUGACUUAAAAUUAUAUCCUUUCUGUUUAUGUUUGAUUGUAUCUGUAUUUUCACGACAGGACUUAUUCUUAUGGUAUUCAAACGAUAAGAUCGAUUAUGAAAGGAGAUGAUGAAAAUAAAAAAGUUGUUCAAGAAGGAGAAACGUGGUGUAAACAAU